AUGAGCUCUGCAUUCGAUGAUUUGCUUUUCUCGUUUCGGGUGAACCCUCAUGCGUCGGACGGUAGCGAUGAUGAUUUCGACGAGUUCAUGCAAAAAAGGCUAGCAGAAUUCAUGUCCAUUCGUGAUAAGUACGAUGAAUAUUACCAAGAUCAUGGAAGUCAACCACCCAUUCGAAUGCUUCAUCCGUCCGAAGCGUUAUCUGUGCUCGAAAGCGUGACCAGUGGCGAUGGUGGCGACCACAGUGGGGAAGCUUCUGAGUCUGCACGGCUGCUGGCUGCAAAGCUCAGGAUAAUUGAUCCUGGACUUCCUCGUGAUGUUCCAAAAAACAUUCCCAUGCAAAUGGCUUCAUCGUUUGACGACACGUUUGCUGCAGCAUCUGAGGCUCUUGUUCAUGAUCUAUCUGCAGUGCAUACCGCUCUUUAUUCGCUGAAGAGUACACCUUAUUCCCACGGCUUUGCAUCUCGCUUGUAUGGGUUCGCGACUCCCUACUCCGACACUGAGUCUGUUACCGAACGUUACAUUUACCGAGAGUGGAAAACCAGGUCGCCUUGGAUUCAACUUAUGGAGGAUUUGAAACUCCAUUACCGGCUUCGAAACGGGCUGUCCGAGGACACGGCUACAAAAACAGAUGCGCCGAUUGACUACGUGCCGCUACGCUCAGAACAUCUACCACAAGUGCACGAACUCCUCCGAAUCACGUUUUGGCCUGGGAUAGAUGGUGAGCUUAUCCGGGAAAUUGACAAUGGCACUUGUUUUGUUAAAUCAGAGCAAGUUUCUCAGGCAACUGCUGAUCCUCCAGGGUCGACUAUCGUUGCAGUCUAUAAGCGAAUAGUCGUCGGUGUGGCCCUGAUAACUCCACCUCCAGACGAAGCUUACAUCCCAUAUGUUGCCGUGAGAGUUGGUUGGGAACGAUGCUCCAUUGGAAUAACUAUGCUGUUUCACCUUAUGACAGCCAACAAAGACCGUGACAUCAUUCUUCAUGUUUCUGCUAACAACCCAGCUUUGAUACUUUACAAUAAACUGGGGUUCAAAUCCGAAGAAUUCAUUGUAGGGUUCUAUGAGGACUAUUUAGAUCCUAAAUCGAAGGCAUGCCGAAAUGCUUUGCGCCUUCGGCUUCGACAAUAUGCUUCCUGA